AUGCCUGCGUCGCACCUCUCAGAAGGCAUUCGCAUCCAGCAAAAUGGCGAGCAGCCGGAGAACACUCUUCGUCGCGAAGUUUCGCGCAGUCUCUCCAUGUCCACCUCCCCCAUUGACGCCUUCCACCACCGCAAAGUGUCCUUUGGCGUCGACAACAUCAGUGGUACCUCUCCUAACCUCAGACGAACAAUAACGGGGCCUCAGCCUAAGCAAUUAAAACCCUUCCGCGAACAGGACGUCAAGAUUCUGCUGUUGGAGAAUGUCAAUCAGACGGGGCGGGAUAUAUUAAAGGGCCAAGGGUAUCAGGUUGAGUUUUUAAAAUCGAGCUUACCGGAGGAUCAGUUGAUUGAGAAGAUCAAGGAUGUACAUGUCAUCGGCAUCCGUUCCAAGACAAAGCUCACUGCCCGCGUGCUAGCCGCAGCAAAGAAUCUCAUUGUGAUCGGCUGCUUCUGCAUCGGCACAAAUCAAGUCGACCUGAAAUACGCCGCCUCGCACGGGAUAUGCGUCUUCAACUCGCCCUUCAGCAACUCGCGCUCCGUCGCCGAACUGGUCAUCUGCGAAAUCAUUGCGCUGGCUCGCCAACUGGGCGAUCGCUCCAAUGAACUGCACCGCGGCACGUGGAACAAAGUCUCUGCGCGGUGUUGGGAGAUUCGUGGCAAGACGCUGGGCAUCAUCGGCUACGGGCACAUCGGGUCGCAAUUGUCUGUCCUGGCCGAGGCUAUGGGCAUGGACGUGAUAUACUACGACGUCGUGAACCUGAUGGGCUUGGGCACCGCACGUCAAGUGCCCACCCUCGAACAUCUCCUGAAGGACGCCGACUUUGUAACCUGCCACGUCCCGGAGCUGCCGGAGACGAUGAACAUGAUCGGCGCCAAGGAGCUGGAGACCAUGAAGAAGGGAAGCUACCUCAUCAACGCCUCGAGGGGGUCAGUCGUGGACAUUCCCGCGCUGAUUGACGCGAUGCGCUCGGGUCACAUCGCCGGUGCCGCGCUGGACGUGUACCCUGCGGAACCGGGCGGGAACGGCGACUACUUCAACAACGGCCUCAACCCCUGGGCGGAGGACCUGCAAUCCCUGAAAAACAUCAUCCUGACGCCGCACAUCGGCGGAUCGACCGAGGAGGCCCAGUCGGCCAUCGGCAUCGAGGUCGCCGAAGCACUGGUCCGCUACGUCAACGAAGGAGUAACCGUCGGCGCCGUCAACAUGCCCGAAGUGUCCCUGCGCUCCCUCACCAUGGACGAACCCGACCACGCUCGCGUCAUCUUCAUCCAUCAAAAUGUCCCCGGUGUGCUGAGGAGAGUCAACCACUUGCUGGGUGACCACAACGUCGACAAGCAGAUGACCGAUAGUAGAGGCGAGGUCGCGUACCUGAUGGCCGAUAUCAGCAACGUCAAGGAGAACGAGGUCGCAGAGCUGUAUGCCGAGCUCGAGGGCGUCAAGGAGAAGAUCCUCACGAGGAUCCUCUACUGA